AUGAAUUCGCCGAAUAAUCACAAGAGUGAAGUGAUAUGGGUCCUGAGCAAUAUUGCUGCCGGAUCGCCAGAACAGAUCGAUCUUCUGUUUGAAAAUGCGAAUGUUAUUGAAAUGCUCGCUGAUGCGUUUGAAUGUGGCGAUCAUCGAAUGCGUAAGGAGACAGGGUGGACAGUGGCGAAUGCUCUUACUGGUGCCAGUAACAGCCGCUUGCUUUGGCUCUGUGGUACUCACAUCCUCAGCGUAAUACCUGAGCUACUUUGUUUGCCACUUGAGCCUGACCUGGUCGAGCGAACUUUAUUUGCUAUUGAAUCACUGGUCGCGAAACUACCAACUUACGUUCCCGUAAUUGAUAGUUAUGAAAUUUUCACAGCUGUGCAUCAUGUUAUUCUGGGCGACUACUCAGAUGAUGAUACUAUAAAGGUUAGCAAUGAAAAUUAA